AUAGCCUUGCUCAAGAUUUCAUUCGAGAUUUCAUAGAAGAUUUCAGAUUUCUAUGCUUGAUUUCUAUUGAUUUCUAUUGAUUUCAAGUUGGGCUGUACGAGAUUUCCCUCGUUGCCGGCCCCUCGGGUAGAAGCAGAGAUAUCAGUACAGUAUAUCUGUGGUGGUGCAGGUGAAACUCUUUUCUGGUCUUAUUCACCACCCUACUAGAAGUACCAAGUUCAAAAAUUACUCCACAAUUGGCCUGGGGCUUAUAGACACUGAUUAAACCUUGUACUGUAUGAGCAUCACUCAUGUCAUUUGAGAUGUCCAAAAGGAAAGGUGCUACGUUCUCAACUAAUUAUGGCACUACUGGCUCUGACGAGGAGGGUGACAUGUUGGACCCCCCAAAUAGCAUAGACACCCUCAGGAGCAGGGAAUCAGACGAAGAACUAACACUUGCCGAGUGUUGCACAAGAACACUCCAGGUCUUGUAUAACCUAACUCUUGGGUCCUGUUUUGACUGUAAAUAUGGUCGGGAGCACGUACCAAUCUCCUCCGAAGAGGAUAUGGAUAUUAAUCACAUGAAGGAGAAACUGCAGUACCACUUCAUGAACCCUUUCGAGAAAUGGAACCAUCCAACAAAAAAGCAGUUUCCAGGGAAAUUAUUAGUCCAGGUGUUAAGUAUUAUUCUAGUGACAACGCAGCUGGUCCUGUUUGCAAACUCAAAAUAUGCUGUAACGGAUUUUCUACAAGCCAACAAGAACACGUUUGUACAGCUGCUUGUGAUUAACCCUGCUAAGCCUGCAUUUUCCAACCCUCUGCCCAGUCCAAUAAGAGUCCUCUAUACCAAUGAGGAACUGUUCCAGCAGCUCAACCACACAGCCUUCCAGUUUUUCCACCUGGAGCAUGUUGCUGUGGGUACCUAUGGAUACCAAUGGGAACUAUUGAAUGCUACCAACCACUCGAUAAUGCCACAUAUACACCUCAGUAUUCGUAGACACGAGUCUGGAGUGAUUGACUCCACCUUUCUACUGUACAACGUUUCCCUGAAUAUUAUCACAGAUAGGUAUAAUAUUCUCAACACCUCUGACCCUAUCAACGAUGCCCUGAACUGGGAGAAAAUACAAUUAGAUCUGCCAAAUGUUGCUGAAAUCAACAUGGACCUGGUCAUAACUUCUGCCCGUCGACUUGAGCAUGAAAAAGUGGCAAAGUGCUUCCAGUUUAAUAUCUCCUUUCACAUCGUCAACAAUCAUGAUAAGGGAAUCAUGCCAGUGGACAUGAGUGUGGUCACUAAAGCAAGAGCAUGUGAUAGCUCAAAGAAAAUCAUCACAAAUAUGGAUUCAUUUGUGUUUGCUGAUGCUGGCUCAACGACUGUGGAUGCUAUUGUCAUCAUUAUAACUGUCAUUUCCAUUAUCCUGUGUCUUCGCUCACUCACUUCUUCUGUGUUGCUCUCUAAAACUGUUCACUCUUUCUUCAUUCAAAAAUUCAAUUGGAAACUGAAAGUGAAGCAUUUCUGGCCGCUGAUUGAUGGCUGGUUGGUAAUGAUCACCAUCAGCAAUGUGAUGGUCAUUGUUGGCUCUAUCAUGAAACUAGUCAUUGUUUAUCUGAACCCCGACUCGACAGAUUUAGUGGACAUCACAAGUAUCAUCCUGGGACUGGCUGUGUUUGGCCAGUGGUGUGGAAUCUUGAGGUUCCUCAGAUAUAUGGAAACAUACAACAUAUUGCUCAUCACACUCAAAGUGGCGAUGCCUAGUGUGCUGCGUUUUGGAGUGUGUGUUGGAAUCCUUUACAUCUCAUUCCUACUGCUCGGCUGGCUCGUACUCGGACCCUACCAUCCUAAGUUUCGUAACCCCACGGUAACCUCUGAGUGCCUAUUUGCUCUUAUCAAUGGAGACGAUGUUUUCAACACUUACGCUCAAAUGUCUGACGUGUCUACCAUUGUGUGGGUCUUCUCCAAGAUAUAUCUUUAUGUCUUUGUGGCACUGUUCAUCUACACUGUACUAUCUGUGUUCAUCGCUCUCAUCUCAGACACAUAUGAGACACUUAACGACCACUGGCGGUUUAGAGCACGAGGAUUACUUAAGGACUUUGCCACUGACCAGCUAGGGCGUGGUCGAACGAGGCUGGACUCCCACCACGCCAUCGAACCUAUUCUGGCUGAUGAUGAUGUUGCCGCCGCCUAUGAGUACCUCAGAACUCUGGAUGACCCGGAAACUCACUCGGUGGUGGAGUCUGAGCUAGUAGCCCUGCCCCCAGAGACUGUUCCGAGCAGCAGUGAGCCUCCAGAGCAACCCGCCCCCUCAACUGAUACAUAAUUGUAUCAAGAGUGAACUCUAAUUUAUUGCUGAACUACAUCAUACUGCUGAAAAAAUAGUUAUUGUUAAUACUUUGGUAAAGGUCGUUCUUUGGUUGCAUCCUGCAGUUACUUCAUCAUAAAAUCCUGUGCCUUGUA